GCGGUGCUUAAGGUGUAGAUAUUUGCUAACUGGCUCCACUCACUGUGUAACCAUGAGAUGUGACAGCUAUAUAAAGCACCCGAGAACCCGUUCAGUCUCUACUCUCUAAGGGAGGGCCAGAGGCUAUUCACGCAAAGAAGAAAGCCAGAAUACAUUAGCAAAGAUGUCUGAACUGGAAACUGCAAUGGGAAUGAUCAUCGAUGUCUUUGACAAGUAUUCCGGGGCUGAAGGCAAUAAGCAAACCCUCACCAAAGGAGAACUAAAGACCCUCCUGGAAAAAGAGCUACCCAACUUCCUCUCGUCGGGAAAAGAUAAGGAAGCUGCUGACAAACUCUUCAAGGGUCUGGAUGAAAAUGGAGAUUCUGAAGUAGACUUCAAUGAAUUUGUCAUCUUUGUGGCAGCCAUGACUUGCUGCUGUCAUAAAUAUUUUGAGCAGAAAGGACCCAAAUAAUGUAAAACAGCUCAUAAGAAGCUGGUCUUUUGCUGUAUUCCGUAUGCUAAUGUUAUUGCUAGCUUUAUUUGCUCCAUGUACUGAAAUACUGUUUAAUCAUACUCUGUUUACUCCCUGUCUUGCAUGUUAAG